AUGGCGUUCCCAGGCGCAUUCGGCGGACCGGGGAUGAGCGGCGGAGCAGGAGGAAACGCAGGCUUGAGCGAGCAGGAGCAGCAGAUGGUGAAGAUGAUGCAAAAAGGAAUGGAAUCCUGCGUCGCCAAAUCAGCUCUGGCAGGUGGAAUGGGUUUCGUUCUCGGCGGCGCCUUUGGCCUGUUCAUGUCGAGUAUGGCCUACGACACUCCCUUAUCGCCUCAGGGCCAGCAAAUAACCAACCUCCCGGUCCGCGAACAACUCCGGCGAGGCCUCAAAGACAUGGGUUCGAAAUCAUACUCGUCGGCCAAGAACUUCGCCCUCAUCGGGGCGCUUUACAGUGGCACAGAGUGCUGCAUAGAAGGCUUCCGAGCCAAGAGUGAUCUCUCGAACAGCGUCUCUGCCGGCUGCAUAACGGGCGGGAUAUUGGCGCACAAAGCAGGGCCCCAGGCUGCUGCGCUCGGGUGUGCUGGCUUCGCAGCAUUCAGUGCGGCCAUUGAUGCGUACAUGCGCAUGCCGGAGAGCGACUGA